CACGAGUGCAUUUUGUCUUCCCACGAUACGAUCGUCGUCCCUUCGGUGGACGGCGAAACAACUCCUACUUAUGAACUCGACUGGCAUUAGGAAGAAAGAAGCACACAAAUAAUAAAUAAAUACAAACCCACGCCCACACCCCUCUAUACUUCAAGUACAUCAUUGAUGGCGCGGCCCUCGAGUACGUCGACCGCCAGCGGCUCCUGGGUGUCCACGUGUCCAGUGACCUGCGAUGGAGCGUGCACACCGACACAGUGCGCGCCAAGGCCGCUCAGAGGCUCAGUUUCGUCGGCCGCAACCUUCAAGGGUGCACCCCCAGGGUCAAAAGGUUGGCAUAUCAGGCGCUCGUCCAACCUCUGAUGACCUUCGGACUGCCCGCCUGGCACCCGACCACUGUGGAGAACCUGCAGAAGCUCGAGCGAGUGCACCGGCAUGGGCUCCAUUUCAUCCACGGCCGCCACCUGCCGCCGCCUCUUGAGCAGAAGAUGAUGCCGAUGGCCAUGCACCUGCAACACACCGACCUGGUGUUCUUCAAGCGGUGCCUGAGCGGCGCCACCGACUUUGAUGCCAUGGCGCGCAUCACCGAGCGCCGGCCGCUCCGAGGAGAUGACCCGCAGCACCCCAAGCUGCAACCGGCCACCAUUCGGACCAAAUUCGCCGAGAGCGUUUUCUCCUUCAGGGUAGUGGAGCCCUGGAAUGACCUUCCGGCCGCCCUGAAAGACUGCCCUGUGGACCAGUUCCCAGCCCUCUGCAAAGAGUACCUGUGGCGGAACUUUGACCAGUGAUUUCCCCCAAAUGUGAUUUUCCCUCCCCAUUGAGGCUCGUUUCGGCAUGAGACUUCUUCUUGAUUUCGAGUGUUUUAGCAAAAUGUUUGCUAGAGGCGGCGCCUUUUCUUGUCCAAAAACAUUUCCCUCCCAAAAAUUGUUAUCUCAAUUUUUCUUUGUGAUCUGUGCAUAUAACAUGUAUGUAAUA